AUGAGCGCCACCUCCGUGCUGGUUGGGGCGGUGGCCUCACACGUGUUCAACAGACAGGAAAAUAUGGAGGACAGCGAUGGGGCACCCUAUCUGCCCCCGGUCUGCAGCCUCCCAGUUCUCCGACUACUGCAGCCGAUGCUGGACGGCGAGGAGGACCCUCUUGAUGCCGACUUGGAGGAGCCCGGUUCACCAGCUGGGCCUGCCUCAGACGUCGGUGCACCACUGUCACCAGCGGCUGCCUGCAUCGCUGAUAGACCUGCAGCAGCCCCAGCAGCUUGCCUGAUUAGCCAGACAUCUACUGCAGGGUCACCAGCUCCUACACCUGCGGCUGCUGCAGCGUGCAACAGUGGUAGUGCGGCAGCAGCUGUGGGCAGUGGUGCCCGCCAGGUCGGAGGACGUAUGGCGCUGCUGGAAAGGAGCCUCGCAGAGGAAAACGAUAUGAGGAUGGCCUUUGUCCAGCAGGAGCAUGCCCUGCGCUGCAACUUCCUUGAACAGGACCACCGCGACGCACUCAGCAAGAGAGCUGCGCUGCAUGAAAUGGAAAUUAAAUUGCGCGAGGACGAGCUGAAAAAAAGAAAUGCCAUUCACGAAAUGGAGAUGAAGCUCCUGUGUAUCAAGGAAAACAUACUGCUGCAGGAGCUGAGCCAGAAGGCUGCACAAUAAAUCAUGUUCAAACUGC